AUGGACCAGCUGGAGAAGAAAACACUCGACGUCACACGGGGCUUUACCUAUACUUACUAUACCAGCCCUGCAAAGGAUGGUCGCCCUACUUUGCUGUUGGUGCAUGGCUUCCCCGAUGCCCCUGAUACUUACGAGGAAGCCAUUCGAGAUUACCUGCUCCCUAAUGGAUACGGCGUCAUUGCAGUGGACUGCUUAGGCUAUAAUGGUACCUCCAAGCCCACGGACAAGGAAUCCUACAACAUGCAGUUGAUGUCCCAGGACCUCAAGGAGAUCAUUGACAAGGAAGGACUUGACAAGAUCAUUCCCCUCGGCCAUGACUGGGGCUCCGGCGUCGUCCAACGCUUCUACAACUUCCACGCCGACCGCGUAUGCGGUUUGGCCCUCCUGAACGUCGCAUACACGCCGCCCUCACCGGCGCCGUUCGACCUCGACGCCACCCUCGAACAAACCAAGGCGAUCUUCGGAUACGGCACCUUCUGGUACUGGAAGCUCUUCACGGGCGACGACGGCGCGCAGAUCAUGGACGCGCACGUGGAGUCCAUGUGGGACGUCGCGCACGGCGAGCCGGAGACCUGGCUCGAAACGCUGUGCAAGCCCGACGGGGUCAGGAACUUCCUCCUCGCCGACAAGAGGCAGCCCACCAUGGCCUACGCCACCGAGGAGCGCCGACAGAAGUGGAUCGCCUCGAUGAAGGAGGGAGGCUUUGAUGCCCCUCUGAACUAUUACCGUUCAAUGGUGUUUGGGGUGCAGGACAAAGCAAACGCCAACAUUCCCAAGGAGAACAUCCCCAUCAAGUGCCCACUGUUCUUCUGGGGCGGCAAGAGGGAUAUGGUUUGCCGGCCCGAGUUGCUGCAAAUGAGUCUCGAUGCCGGGUUGAUACCGGAUGCUACGCAGGUCACGGUGGAUUCGGGACAUUGGGCUCACUUAGACAAACCCAAGGAGUUCGGGGAGGCGCUGAUCAGCUGGUUGAAGGAGAAGUUCUGA